UUCUUCUUUAAUAAAGAACAGCAUAAAUUUCUACGAUGGAUUCGCCUGUUUCAAACAUUUGUAAACAUUUUCGCUGCAAGCUUGCUCGCAGCUUGAAUAGACUAGAUCCAGUGCUCCCCUCCUCACUGGCACCCGUCUGCUUGCGCGGUCGCUGCAAAGCGGUCUCCGCCCGCUCCUCUUCCGUCUUCUCCCGUGUGGGCGACCGGCCGCGACUUAAAAAUUCCUCCGCGCCUUAGCUUUCGCGAGCUGCUGCUGAUAGCUCUUCGUGCGCCGGGGCCUGUUCCAUUCCAUGAGUUGCAAUCAUGACCCCCGAAGCAACACCGCGUGCGCCUUGUUAGAAAAUUAUAUUGGUCUCCGAAAUAUAAACCUCCUCUUCCAAAUCUCCCAUCGAGGUCGACGCAGCUCACACAUAGCCUAGCCUGAAAAUUCAUUCUGUCUCUUGAUCAAGCCGCCAGGCUCAUUGCAGGAGCAGAGGCGGCAUGUCUCCGCGGCGCCGGCAGGUGCCGGUCACGGCGCUCUGCUCUAGUUAGCUAGCUAGCUAGCGCCGGGGAUCAUUGGACGACCAUGCCUGUGCUCGACGAGGACUGCGAUGGAGCCGGCAGCGGCGGCGGCGUUGACGAUUCCGACAGGCGACGACGGUGCUCGUGCCUGCCGUUCUGCUUCUGGGGCGCCAGCUCCGCGGGCGUGCCGGCGAGGAGGACGCGGCGGCGGCGGCGCAGGCUGAGGUUGAGGCUCAGGCUGUCGUGGUCGUGGCUCGCGUGGCCGUGGUUCUUCCGGAAGGGCGGCAAGCAUAACGGCGCGGGCGGGGACGGCAGCAAGAACAAGCGGAGGGGGAGGCCGCUGCUGCUGCUGCUCACGGCGUCGCUGCAGCCCAAGAAGGCGCUCGCGUCCGUCGUCUCCGGAGGCGGCGGCGCCCUGCUCCCGGCCAAGGUGAGCACUUUCGGCGACGCCAAGAAGCAAAGCAACCGCAAGCCACGGCCAGCGGCGGACGACGGGCCAAGCGGCAGCAGGCAGCCGCAAGCCUCGGCCACCGCGAGCACCAGAUGGACGAGCACGGCGCCCGCUCGUUCCCGGACGGAGACGAGCCAGCCGAGCCCGAGACCACCAGACGGGGCAGCCGUCGCCGCCGGCCGCACCUGGCGAGCCCCGUCGAGGCGGCACUCGUUCCAUCAUCGGUUCGAUAGCACCGGGCGGCCGGGCGGCGCCGGCGGGCUGUGGACGGCGGCAACGACGCUGGGCGUGAUCGUGCUCUUCGGCCGCGUCACCGCGGUGGUCUUCCUGUGCUCGUGCCUGUACGGCGCGCGCUUCGUCCGGGCGAGGGCUGCCGGCGCCAUGGCCAAGGCCAGCAGUGGUGGUACUGGCAGUAGCCGGCGGUUCGGUGCGGUGGGGGUGGCGGCCGAGAAGGCCGUGGUGGAGCCGCGCGCCGCGGAGGAGUUCAAGAAGAAGGUGGUCAUGGCGGGGUUGCUCGACAGGGCAGGCCAGGCGCCCUCGUCGCGCUUUGGUAGGUGAUCAUCAGAAGCUGACGUUGUAAAUGAUGCCUUAGUUAGUACGGCGUGGUGUGUGCCGGUGGUGAUCCAGUUGUGCUCUUGUUUUCUUCUUUGGUGAGAUUGGCAUGGAGUAGAGGUCUCAGGUCGAUCUGUAUACGAUUGGAUUGGUUUUUGGUUAUGAUCAGUGAUUGGCAAUUUGGCAUGGCA